GACCUGCCGCCGCGGCGAGUGCGCGCCCAGCCCGCCGUGAUGCCCGCGUGCCUCGGACGCCUCCUCUCGCCACGGCCCCGGGCCCUGGCCCCGGCCGCCCCGCUGCUACUACUGCUGCUGCUGAGCGGCGGCGGGCGCCGGGGCGCCCGGGCACAGGAGCCGGGGGCAGCGGCCGACGGGCCCCCCGCCGCCGACGGCGGGGACGGGCAGGACCCGCACGCCAAGCACCUGUACACGGCCGACAUGUUCACGCACGGCAUCCAGAGCGCCGCGCACUUCGUCAUGUUCUUCGCGCCCUGGUGUGGACACUGCCAACGGCUGCAGCCGACCUGGAAUGACCUGGGUGACAAGUACAACAGCAUGGAGGAUGCCAAGGUCUACGUGGCCAAGGUCGACUGCACGGCCAACUCGGACGUGUGCUCCGCCCAGGGCGUGCGCGGGUACCCCACCUUGAAGUUUUUCAAGCCUGGCCAAGAAGCUGUGAAGUACCAGGGUCCCCGGGACUUCCAGACACUGGAAAACUGGAUGCUGCAGACUCUGAACGAGGAGCCCCCCACGCCGGAGCGGGAGGCCGAGCCGGAGGUGGCACCGCCCGUGGUCCCCGAGCCCAAGCAGGGCCUGUACGAGCUCUCGGCCGGCAGCUUCGCGCAGCACGUGGCGCAAGGAGACCACUUCAUCAAGUUCUUCGCCCCGUGGUGUGGUCACUGCAAAGCUCUGGCUCCGACCUGGGAGCAGCUGGCUCUGGGCCUCGAACAUUCCGAAACUGUCAAGAUUGGCAAGGUUGACUGCACGCAGCACCAUGAGCUCUGCUCCGGACACCAGGUCCGAGGUUACCCUACUCUCCUCUGGUUCCGCGACGGCAAAAAGAUCGAUCAGUACAAGGGCAAGCGGGAUUUGGAGUCGCUGAGGGAGUACGUGGACUCGCAGCUGCAGGGCACUGAGGAGGGCGCCCCGGAGACCACCCGGCCCUCAGAGGCCCCCGUGCUGGCGGCCGAGCCCGCGGCGGACAAGGGCACUGUGUUGGCACUGACAGAAAAUAACUUCGAUGACACCAUUGCAGAAGGCAUAACUUUCAUCAAGUUUUAUGCUCCCUGCUCUGUAGAGCGAGUCUGAGGACAGAGGAGCCCCUGUCACUGAAGGCGAGCAGUUCCUAGAGCGGGAGACGGGCCGAAGGAGGGUUUGACAAAACCAAGCCGUGGCCUCAGUGCUCACAACAAGUCACCGAAGCUUCAGGGGAGCUUUGAAGUUGUUUUGAACAUUUGAGACCAUAAGAAAUCUAAUCUAAAAUGUUGUUGGCAAUCGGAGGGCUUUUUUUUUUAAACUGGCGUCUCUUUUGUCUCCUGGUUCCUCUCCUGCCCAUGAUGCCUCCAUAAACCAGUCAGCCCAGUUUACCGUAUCAUGGUAAUGCUUUCAAAAUCUAAACUUGUUUUCAGAACAGCUUGUCUCCAUCAGGUUAUCUGAAAACCUACUUUGGAAGGAGUUAGAGCUUCCUGUUGGGGAUCGGGGAGGAAGCACUGCGCACCUGCUGGGAGAACCUGGCGGUUUGUAAACUUCUAGGCAGUGCUGAUUGCUGACCGCCUCCUACAGAAGAGACCAGGCUUGGCAGCGCAGUGUAGGUGAGCGAGCCCGCCCCCGACCUCACCACGGCUGUGGCUCUUCUGU